CCGCUACAAGCCGGUUUCAACUAUGCAUAGGGCACGGCUGGCAUCGAGCCCAUGUUUGCCACUUUCAGCCGCCAGCCGGCUCGUGCCCAUCGCCUCGGCCACGCCCUGUCCAGUAUGACGGGUGGUGAGGGCUACGAGGUUCAUCACCUGGUACAAGGAUCAGCCAAAGUGCUGGGGGAUGUUGACUUGAGGGGCGGUACGCUGGUGGAUGUUGGUGGAAGCCAUGGAUUCGUGUCGGUCGACUUGGCCCGGCAGCACCGGCGCAUGCGCUUCAUCGUUCAGGACCUUCCACGCACCAUCGAGAGCGCGCCGAACCCGGUGUCCGAGGACGGGGAUGCCACACGCAGGAUCGAGUUCACGGCGCAUGACUUCUUCACCGACCAGGUCGUCAAGGGCGCUGACGGUACUCUAUCUCCUCCGCUGGAUCUUGCACAAUCACUCGAAACCAUACGCCGUCUCAAGUCGCUUGUACCAGCCCUCAAGCCCGGCGCGCGCAUCAUCGUCAAUGAACACCGCCUCAGCCCCUUCGGCGAAAAGAACGAACGGGACGAGCUGCAGAUGCGUCGAAUGGACGCCCUGAUGCUCUGUCUCCUCAACGUCCAGGUCCGUUCAGAGGCCGAGUUUCGGGAUCUCUUCCGGGCUGCUGACAAGCGCAUGGCUUUCAAGAGAGCCACGCGGCCGCCAGGCUCCAGAAUGAGCAUUUUCGAGGCCGUCUGGGAACCGUGA